AUGGGCUUUCGCUGUGGUCCGUGGCUAAUGCGCCGGUUUUGCUCGGUGUGUCCCAGGGUCGGCGGCGCGCACGGCGCCGGCGCCCGUCUCAGCCGCGGGGCCCUCGAGCGCCUCUGGCAGCCUGUCGGGGUGGCGGCGGGCGAGCGGCCGCACGAGUGCCCGGCGUGCGGCGCCAUAUUCACGCGCGCGGCCUACCUGCUGCAGCACGUGCGCGCCCACCACCGCGAGCGCCUCGAGGCGGAGGCCGAGGCCGAGGCGGAGGCGUUCAGGCUGCGCGGCGUGUACGCCCGCUACAGCCGCAACCGCAGCUCGGGCCCCGGCGCCUGCCGCUGGCUGCUGCGCGCCCUGGCGGCCUUCGGCGACGACGAGCCGCGCGUGGGCGGGGGCAACGUGAUUUUUGACGCAGGUGGCAGUAAGGACGAUGACGGCGGCGGCGGCUGGGACGACAAGACUGAGGACAUCACCGUUUUUGAUUUUCUUCUAUAA